ACAUAUAGGCCGACAAAGUUAUCUGACCCGAUGGGGAAAGGUCAAAGCAAAUUAUAAUAGCCGACUCCUUUCAAUGACUAAUACAAAAAAGUCAAGAUUUUUUCGUACAGUAGCUGGCAUUUACAUUUAUCCUUUAUGCCAUUUUCUAUGCCCAUACAGGUUUUAACAUUUUCUAUGAGAACUAAUCACGAUAGCAGUCUCUCUCUCUUUCUCUCACUGGUCACCGGGCCAGAUACACUUGUUAGACUAUAGUAUGUAUUUGAAAGUUCAGCGACUUCUAGUUGUGUUCUAUACGCGCCUAUACUUUCAUGUGUUCAUCUUUCUGUUCUGACUACGUCGACAAUUUUUAAAAUUAUCCUUAUACGUAUUUUGUUGCAAUGUGAAUUUAAAUAGUUUACUAAAUGUUAUUAUUUUCAAUAAUGUAGUGUUGACGUAGUCCUAUAAGAUAUGAAAUUUAUUGCUCGGUAACUGCAGUUUUUACUUGGAUUUUGAUAUAUAACAUUAGUUCCUAUGAAGUCAACAGAAAAAGACGCAGGGGAACUCGAAGAAAUCGGUGAUACCCAGCUAGAUGAGCAAACAGUGACCCCAGACACACAACUUAAUUCUGAAAACAUGGAUGGAGACGCGAAAAAAACGCAAAUUUAUUCAAGUAAUAAUAGAUUAAGACAUGCAGGGUACCUCAAGUAUGUAAGCUUGGUUGUACUCACCAUACAGAAUGCUGCCCUUGGUCUCAGCAUGAGAUAUGCGCGUACGAGGGAUGUAGUCAUGUUUUCAUCGGCUGCAGCUGUAUUUAUGGCAGAGAUUUUCAAAUUAUUAAUAUGCAUUUUACUUGUGAUAAAAGAAUCAGGAAAUGUAGUAAAAGGUUUCCAUACUAUGUAUGCAACUGUUGUAUUGAACAUUAAGGAUACAUUGAGAGUUUGUGUGCCAUCAUUAUUAUAUGUUGUCCAGAAUAAUCUGCUUUAUGUUUCCGCUUCUAAUUUGGAUGCUGCCACAUAUCAGGUUACAUACCAGUUGAAGUUACUUACAACAGCAUUCUUUGCUGUGAUUGUAUUAAAAAGAAAACUGAAGCGAUGGCAGUGGUGCGCACUUGGUAUACUAGCGGGCGGAGUGGCCCUGGUCCAGUUGUCCUCAGCAGCUAAAGAAACAACUGCAAAUUCACAAGAUCAAUCUAAAGUGAUUGGAUUUAGCGCAGCUUUAGCAGCCUGCUUUAUAUCAGGAUUCGCUGGAAUAUACUUUGAAAAAGUACUGAAGGAGUCCGACAUUUCUGUCUGGAUGCGAAACGUACAGCUGAGUUUAUUAUCGUUGCCGUUUGCUGCACUCACAUAUCUUUUAAAAGAUCCUGCAAGAGAUUUAUUAAAAGGAUUCGAUGGUUUCGUUUGGUAUUUAGUAAUAUUGCAAGCGGCCGGCGGUUUGAUUGUGGCGGUUGUGGUCAAAUACGCAGAUAACAUACUAAAAGGUUUCGCAACGUCUGUCGCGAUUGUUAUAUCAUGUGUUGCCUCCAUGUAUAUAUUCGAUUUCCAUUUGACGGUACAAUUUGCGCUAGGCACAGUAUUGGUAAUAGGCUCGAUAUUUUUGUAUGGAUAUGUUCCUAAAAAGAAAGAACCCCGUACAUCUUUAAGUGUAUGACAUUGUUUUUAUACCGAAUUCGUAUUAUUUUAUCGAUAUAUCUGUAAAUAUAGUUUUAUCAGCUAGUACUAAAAUGUACUUAAUUUCCGUCGAUUAUUUUUUUACCGUUUAUAAUUAAAUAGUAUUCUAUAGAAUUGUUGAAUCUGACGAUUGCAAUUAGAAAUGCGCUAGUUUUCAAGUACAAUAAUAAUAUUUUUAAAGUCCAAGACAUAAGAGAGCCAAUGUUAGAGUGAACUAUAAUCUGAUCCAACAAGACAGCUUCCAUACCAAUAUCAAUACUAUUGGGAAUAAUUAACGUAUUAAUAAUGUAAGUAAAAUGCGAUAUCGUUAUAAUGAUAUUAUUUUUUAAAAUGAAGUUUUUAAGGUACUAAUACAAAUUUAAUAUUUAUUGUGAUUGUAAUUCUAAUCACCUUUUAUACGUUAUUAAUUAAUGUAAGUAAAAGAUACAUUUUUACUUUUAGUAACGUCAUAAUUUUAAAUAAAUUUUUGUAAACAGUU